AUGUCUAUGACUACCAGUUGCUUUGCCAUUACCUUGAGCUUUCUGAAGCAGCUUGAAACAGAUUGGGACUUGGAUGUUAGACAGAAGGCUCAAAUCCAAACUCUCAGACUGAAAGCAGGUUUUCUCAAAGCCCUUUUCAGCUGCGCUGGAAAAUGGCAGAUUGAUGAUAUUAAUUUGAAAGUCCUCCUUGGGCAUAUACAGACUGUGAUCCUGAAGGUAGAUAAAGAUCUUCAGGUUCUUUGGUCAGAAUUGAAUCAGAUACCAUCAAAAGAAUAUCAGAGAAUUCCAGCUGAUUUGUAUGUUUUGGCCUCAAGUUCACUAUUAAAACUUGAGAUGAUUAAUCCAGACAUACAAGAUGUCUAUAGUGCACUUUCCAACUCAACAAGAUUGACUUGUUCAACAAUGGAUGCUGUAAUAGAAUCUUUUGAUGUUCUUCUAGAGUAUCUGAAGGAUCUAAUGAGAUACAAGUCUCAUUCUGUUGUUCCAGUGAAGAAGGAAAUCGAAGCCCUUGAAGAUAAGCUAAGGCAUCGGAGAAAUUUCCUUGGGAUUACGAAGAGGUGGUGCGAUGACCAUGAGGAAUUGAAGGAUUUCUUGACUCAGACUGGAGCUGUGGCUGACAACAUGGCGUGUCUCUUGUACUUGUGUUCCGAAGAUUGCAAGAUGGAAGAAAAUUUUGUGAAUGAGAUGAAGACUGAACUUUCUUAUCAACUACAGAAGCUAAAUCCUUUUCAUCUUGAUGUUAGAGAGAAAUAUAUCAAGGCCCUAAAAGCUUUGAAGUCAGCAGGACAAAGUGUUUUCUUGGUGGAUGAGCAUGUUGUUGGAUUUCUUGACUCUCUCCUUGCCAACACGGUGGAGCUAUCAGACUUUAAGGCAAGUUCCCUACUUGCAAUUGAUCAAUUAGAAUAUCUGCACGAGGAGCUGAAAAUCCUGAGAUAUUUUCUCAUGGAUCCAUCAGCUGAGAAGUACAUUGAGAAUCAUCCGAAAGUGAGUAGCAUAUUUUUGCAAAUGAAACGUGUUGUGUGUGAGGCAGCAUGUGUUAUCUACUCCUCUUAUGAUCAUAAUAUUACUGAAGACAUUACCAGGAAACAGAAUCUUGCAAUUACUGAUUUGCUUCAACAGUUCAAGUUAAUCAAGCAAGAGGCCAGAGAUACCUAUGAUGAAUUAAUUCCAAAAUCCUUGAGAUCCAACUUCCCCAAAACUAAUGAGCUGGGCUUCAUUGAUUUUGUCAGCCAGAAACUGAAGGAGCUUCUAAGUUCUAAGAAUGAUUCAAUUGAUCAAUUACGGCAUCAUAUAGAGACAGUUUACCAAAACAUAUUGUCCUUUAGAGGAGACAUCACUGAAGCUAGAGAACAGUAUAUAGAACAAGAAUUGGAAGAUCCUUGGAAACGCUUCAAAGAUAUCGUGUACCACACUGAUUAUGUCAUCGACUCAUUCAUCCUCAGAGAUGAGCCUCUAUGGUAUCACAAGUAG